UUUAAAGUCAAAGUUUAUGUAAACAUAGCUCUACCUUAAAACUUUUGAAAUUUACGGGUCUUGUGUUUCUUUUUUCUGAUUACAUUUUCACAAUCGUUCACUAUUAUAUAGGAGUUAUUGUAAGUGCCACUGAUAUUCAAGGAAGUUAUGUAAUGCAAAUUGCUCGUGUUAAAACGAACAGUGUGUAAAUAAAAAGCGUUUAAAUGUCAGCCUUUAUAACUGUUGAUAAAGAGGAUCCGCUUGUGGAUGAAGUGAUCAAAAUCAAUAUUAAAGGUCUACAGAAAAAUCAACACGUGACUGUCAGGGCAGAGGUCAUUGAGAAAGGUCAAGUCUUUGCCGGAAGUGGAUGUUUUGUAGCAGACGACAAUGGUACUGUUGAUAUAUCUAAACAGCCGUCAACGUGUGGAACAUACAAGGGGGUGUUCUCUAUGGGAUUGUUUUGGAGCAUGCGCAGUUCUCCAAAUAUGCCACCAGGUCUUAGACUUAUCAAAAACAAUGCUUCUUCACCGCUUGUCACCGAUAUAACAGUAUUCCUUGGUCAUUUAACAUUUGAGCAAACAUACAACAGCAAUGUAAAGCCGAUGUUGCAGAAGACGAUAAGAAGAUGGUACAUGGCCAGAGGUGUUCAGAAAGUUCGAGUCCGAAGUGGUCGAAUAAGAGGCACGUUAUUUCUACCGCCAGGUCAAGGUCCUUUUCCUGGAGUCAUUGAUAUGUUUGGCAUAGUCGGUUCGUGUGUCGAAUUUAGAGCAGCUCUUUUAGCUUCCAGAGGAUUUGCAGCUCUUGCACUGCCUUACUUUUUAUACGACGACUUGCCCAAGAAUUUGAGUGAACUCGAAUUUGAGUAUUUCAUGGAAGCCAUUGACUGGUUGUCUACCCAUCCCCAUGUUAAUGGGAACAAUUUAGGUGUCAUCGGAGUAUCCAAGGGUGGUGAACUCGCUCUGCAGAUGGGAUAUUACAGCAAUAAGAUAAAAUCUGUGGUGUCGAUAAAUGGUGCUCCGUUCUUUUCAGUGAUUCCCUUGAAGUAUAAAGGAGACUUUAUAGGAGUAUCAGAUUUUGACCCAGAUAAUUUCACUGAAACUGAAGAAGGUCUUGACGUUCGGAACACCAUGAACUGUGAUACAGAAAAUUAUCUUCCGAUUUGGGAACGAGAUGUUCAUGUACUACUUAUAAGCGGUCAGGACGAUAAGCAAUUAAAACAGAAAUUUCUUCCUAACCUUUUCAAAUGUUACCCGGCAGACAGAAAGCAUCUGUGUGAAUUGCACGUGUAUCCUGGCGCUGGUCAUCUGAUAGAACCUCCAUAUGCUCCUUUAGCUAGGUCAACUAUCAAAUAUAACCGAGGAGUUUUAGGGGACUAUGGUCGUCAACGUUUAUUAUGGGGAGGAGAAACAGUGGCGCACGCGCACGCGCAGGAAGAUUCAUGGAGACAUAUUAUAGAUCAUUUUCGAAGAACAUUGUCCUCAACGCCGCAAACCAAAGAGGAAAAUGCCGCAAACAGCAAAUUAUGAUCCCAAACCACUUAACGGCCGAAUCCAGUACAGGGAGACAACCCAGCGCUAUUUUGUUUCUUGGUGAAUUAACAUUUAACUCCCUUCCUUUUUUGUUCUCGGCUAGAACAAAUUAUUCAGUACGAAAAUCGUUAUGCUUUAUUUGAACAAGACUGUUAUUGGCGCCUAAAAAUUUAUAACUGCAGAAAAAAGAAGCUAAAUAUGUCGAUACUUUACUUUCCUUCAGUGUAUUUAAAAAGUAAACAUACAAGCAAUGUUCUUAUUUCCAUACUGUAUUCAUCACAUAGAUCUUGUCACAUGAUGAAAAUUAUUUUUUCAUCAGUACACUUUUCAAGUUUUCCAAAGCAAGUUGAGAUGGAAGGGAAGAACAUCGGCAUGAAAGCAUUAUCAAAGACAAGUUAUGAAUUUCUUAUACAGACUUGUAAAGUUGCAUCAUGCAGUCACUGAGAAAUGUGACUGACUAAAAAUAAAAAUGUGCAGAAGAA